CCCCCGCCGCGCGCGAUGCCCCGCAGCCUGCACGCCGCCGCCGUUCUCCUGCUCCUCUGCUUAAAGGAACAGCCGGCCCGCCCAGCCCCGCUCAACGGAUCCAAGUGGAGCUAUUUUGGUCCCGAUGGGGAGAAGAGCUGGUCCAAGAAGUACCCAUCAUGUGGGGGUGUGCUGCAGUCCCCAAUAGACCUGCACAGUGACAUCCUCCAGUACGACGCCAGCCUUGUGCCCCUGGGGUUCCAAGGCUACAAUGUUUCUGCCAACGAGCAGUUUAUCCUGAUCAACGAUGGCCAUUCAGUGAGGCUGAACCUGACCCCGGACAUGCACCUCCAGGGCCUCCGGUCCCGCUACACCGCCACACAGCUGCACCUGCACUGGGGGAACCAGAAUGACCCGCACGGCUCCGAGCACACCGUCGGAGGGAAGCACUUUGCCGCGGAGCUGCAUAUCGUCCACUAUAACUCGGACCUGUACCCCAACGCCAGCUCCGCCAGUAACAAGUCAGAGGGCCUUGCCGUCCUAGCUAUUCUCAUAGAGAUGGGCUCCUUCAAUCCAUCUUAUGACAAGAUCUUCAGAAACCUUCAAGAUGUAAGAUACAAAGGCCAAGAAGUGCUCAUUCCAGGUUUCAGCAUUGAAGAGCUGCUUCCUGAGAGGCCUGAUGAGUACUAUCGCUACAAAGGGUCCCUGACCACACCUCCUUGCCACCCCACCGUGCUCUGGACGGUUUUCCGGAACCCUGUGCAGAUUUCCCAGGAGCAGCUGCUGGCUUUGGAGACGGCUCUGUACUACACAUACGUGGAUGACCCAUCCCCCAGAGAAAUGGUCAACAACUUCCGGCAGGUCCAGGAGUUUGAGGAGAGGCAGGUGUACAUCUCUUUCCGGCAAGGCAUUAUCCUUUCAGCGGUCCUGGCUGGCGUUCUUGGCAUCUGUGUUGUCCUGGCAGUGUCCAUUUGGCUUUUCAGAAGAAAGAAAAGUAGCAAAAAAGGUGACAACAAAGGAGUCAUUUACAAACCAGCCAUCAAGAAGGAGACUGAGGCCCAUGCCUGAGGCCCCAGACCUCCCAGGCACAUCCAAGGAAGGACUUUGCUUUGGACACUACACACUGUGGCUCCCUAGACAUUUGAAAUACCUGAGGGUUCUCUGAAGCUCAACCCACAAAUGCCCCAGACCCAUGGGGGGCCUUUAGGUGGGUGCCCUGCCAUCCUGAUGCCACAGCCACUGCCAGUAUGAUCUGUGGAUGGCAAGAACUCGCCAAAGAGGCAGGAACUCUGAGCUGUCUGCUUCAUCUGUCUGAGACCAUGAGGUUGUCUGGAUUCUGGGGCCACAAACCAAGUCACCCACUGGGGGCUGUGAUUGGUUUGGUCAGAAAACACUUUCAUCCAGGGAUUCACUUGAGUGUGGUUUCAAGGAUCCUGGAAAUUCUGCCUCUUGUCCAAGCUUUCAGACCAGAAUGUGUACUAUCUGCUUAGAUUUUGCUUUUGAGACUCAGUUUCUUUCCUCAGGGAAGGGACUGUUUUCUUCCUCUGAUUUCUUUCUGCUAUGACAAAACUUUUGGUCUGACCUUACACCUGGGAGGAAGAAUGAUACAGGAAGGGUCAAGGCGUCAGAGACAAAAAGGAAACAAAAGAUAUUCUUUGAAACACAGUAGAGGCAUUUCCAAAGUCCUGUGCUUUGGGUCAAACGCAUUGAAUGGGCCUGGAGAAACAGAAUGAGAAGACACAUAAGGUCUGGAGGCACUCACUUCGGAGUCAGAACUGGAGUCAGAAGUUGUCAAGUCUUAAGUGUGAGGACAGAAUAUUAAGCCCAAGCCCAACCUCCUGUCAGCGGCGCAGUUAUGCUUUGUACUUCACAGACUUUAUAAAUAAUUAGGCUAUUCCUUGAAAAGUGUUGUUACUUUCUCUCUCCUAGAGUAGACACGAGUUCUGAGAUGACCCAAACUGCUUUUGAAUCUAGAGGAAAUACGCAGAAGCAAAAUCACUGAAGAGCUUUUUCUCUUGCCCAGAUUUCAUUUUGGCCACUUCGGUGGUGUCCCUACUGCCAAUCUAGAAUUGGGAUGUACCUAUUUCCCUGACUUGGAGGAUGUUGAGUCAUGGCUUGGUUAAAAUCUAUUUUCAAGCUAUGAAAGCAGGAAGUUAUCUGUGCAGGGUGGGGGCAUCAUGGUAUGUAGGGACCAAUAAUAAUGGAAUGUUACAAAGAUGCUUCAUGAUCUUCUACCCAAGCCACAGUUUCUGAGAAGACUUAACUCUUUAAUAGAUGUAAGAGCCCCUUGGAGACCAGUUAGUUCCAUGACUGAGAAGGAGCCUCCACCACCAACUUCUCAUGGCCGGCACCUUGCAGUUCACAGAGAACUUUCGAUUCCUGGUCUCAUUCUGACAGCAUGGAAUGUCCUAUCAGAGCACAGGUUUCUUUAUAACAUCUUUUUCCUUCUACUCCUCCCUCUCACUCUGAGAACAGUCUUCUCCCUUCUCUACCAUCAUGACUUUUUGUAGUGGUGGCAAGCCCCAUGGCUUUGUAGCUAGUUUGCUAAACUGAGUUACAGAAGACCUAAUGAACACUCAGACAUGUGUGUGCACAGGAUCUUUGACAGCCUCGGAGCCUGGGGUGGCAUCUUCACCUUGCCAUUAGCAUGCCUGAUGCUGAUCAAAUGACAGCAGGGACAAGCCUCAUGACAGAGCAUUGUGAAUUAGGUGAUGCUUCCUUGGCCUUGGCCCAAAGUUGCCAAUCAGAAACCAACAUAAAUCCAGAGUCCUGGGACUAUCUCUCUACCUUUUAUGGACAAAUUUUGCAAGAAAACAACGAGAUCACUGUAGCUGGCACAAUGGCUGUUCAUAAAAAGGGAGAUUGACUAGGCCAUGAAAACAGUGGCAUUUUCUCCUGCCCUGUGGCUGAGAUAAAGCAAAGCUAGGGAGGCAGGCAGAAGGCUCCAAGAAUCAACACUGUCAACUUCCUUGCUAAUCAUUAUGGGGCUCCUGGGGACCAAGCUUGGAAACUGGGAAGCCUUUCCUCAGGUUCUCACUCAUUCCACCAACACCAGUCACCACUGAAGGAAACCAGCACUGUGGCAUGUGAAGUUCCUCUGCCUCACUCGCACCCCGUAGAAGGCCCAGGUGCUGUGCUGGGUGCACUAUAGGUAGAGAUCACAAAAACAAAGCCCAUGUGGGAAAAGGACAGGGAAGGCCCUGGCUUCUUUGUUUCUUACUAAUGGGAGAGUUUGAGUCUCUUUGUUCUGUUUCUUUAGGAUCAUCUGGUAAAAAUAGUAAAAAUUUAUACCUGUUUCCUUAAGAGACAUUCUAGGAUUUUGCUGCAUUGACUAUUAAUCCCAUUUCAAGUUCAGACCUUAAAUUCUUUUCCCCUUCACUAAACUCUCUGAAGGCCUCCUGAGCACCACUGGGAAGCACCAGGGUCUACAGCAUCCCUCUGUCCCUGUGCCUCGGAUGGACCGUAGGCCACUAUGAUGAUGGUCUGUUUAGCACUUCUGUAUUUAUUGUAAGAAUGAUUGUAAUGAAGACAUAAACUAUAAAUAUGAGAAAUUAUAAAUAAAAUGUUUUUCACAUCAGA